GGGGCAGAGUGACUGCGGCAGGUUACCAUAACGCAGAUUGUGCGCUCCCUCAACAGUUUCUAUGGGCUUACAUAACACCUUGUUUAUGGUAAUCAGGGACUUUAUUUUACAACCUCUUAAAAUAUUCGUCGUAGUAGCUAAGUAAAGUAGUAUUUAAGUCACUUUUAACAGCAGACUUUAUAGCGGAUAUACAACUUGUCGACUACCUCCUACUAUGGCUCCUCACCCACACUUCUCGGGACAGAUAACAUGAGGAGGACGCAGCGUGCAGAGUGCUGCUGCUGCUGCUGCUGCCUUGCUUUAGUGGUUGGUGGUUAUAUCUUGGCCCAAACCUAUAGAUGACAGCCGACAGGAUCAUGGCACCAGAUGGGACUUUCCCCUUUUUGUACGAGGAGGACCCGGGUUUCUCCACUGGCUCCUCUGCCAUGUCCAUUGACAACUUGUUCCCUGCGUUACUGGAGUGCUUUGGCAUUAUUCUGUGUGGGUACAUAGCGGGAAGGACUAACAUCAUCACCUCCACCCAGGCCAAAGGGUUGGGGAACUUUGUGUCCAAGUUUGCCCUUCCCGCAUUGUUGUUCAAAAAUAUGGUGCUGCUGGACUUUGCCAACGUCAUCUGGCCAUUCUUGUGGAGCAUCCUCAUUGCCAAAGCCUCAGUGUUUGUAAUUGUGUGUCUUCUAACAUUGUUCGUAGCCUGCCCUGAGAGUCGAUUCAGUAAAGCUGGUCUCUACUCAAUUUUUGCCACCCAAAGCAAUGAUUUUGCUUUAGGGUAUCCUAUUGUUGCAGCCCUCUACAAGAACACAUACCCAGAAUACCUCCAGUACAUUUACCUGGUCGCACCUGUGUCACUAAUGAUCCUCAACCCUAUAGGAUUCGGGUUUUGUGAAAUCCAAAAGUGGAAAAACCAGAUCAACCACCAACAAGGCAAAAUUGUCAUAGUUGGACAUGUUAUUCUACAGGUCCUGAAGAAUCCUAUAGUAUUUAUGGUUAUUUUUGGUAUCAUUGCACACUUUGUACUGCAUCAAAGAAUCCCUGCAUUCAUGGCAGAAUUUGUUGAUGGGUUGGCUAACUCUUUUGGAGGAGCAGCUCUUUUCUAUUUGGGUCUGUCCAUGGUGGGUCAGCUGAGGAAGUUAACCAAGUCCACUGUUGUGACUCUGAUACUGCUCAUCACUGCAAAACUGUUAUUAUUACCCCUUGUUUGUAAAGACAUGGUGGAGCUGUUGGACAACAGCAAUACUAGCACCUUAAACCAUACCAGUCUCUCCAACUAUGCUUUUCUCUAUGGAGGCUUCCCAACUGCUCCAAGUGUGGCCAUCUACGCUGUUUACUACAAUGCAGAAGUUGAAGUUGUGACGUCCGGCAUGGUCAUUAGCACUUUUCUGUCAGCCCCUAUAAUGUAUGUCUCUGCCUGGCUGUUGACAAUCAACUGGAUGGAUCCAGAUGUUUUGAGGAAAUCGCUGCAGAAUGUCAGCUUCAACAUUAGCAUAGUGGGACUAGUUGUUUUGGUUUGGACGAUAAGUGUCAUGUUUCUCAGUAAAAAAUUCAAGAGGCUACCUCACAAGUUCGCGGCCAAUUUAUUCUUUGCUCAGUUCAUGACAUGCCUUGGAAUGAUCCUGUGGAACUAUAUUGUUUACACGGACAACUUCAUUGGACAGAUCUUUACAUUCACAAUAUUAUGCAUCUCUCUUUACAGCACUUAUGUGUGGUCAGGUUUGAUAGCCCUGUCUCUUGUUCUACUGAAAAAGUAUGAGGAUAUGAAAGUGUCAUCAGGCAUGUUGGUCAUUGUGGGCUGGGGAAUUCCUGCCUUUGUAACAAGCAUUUUGCUCAUUUCUGGGGAAAUGGUGUCUGGCACUAUAGAUUUUGCUUUCUUUUACGGCAAGGCUCAGAUAAUCUGCUCCACAGUAGUGGCUGCCCUGAGUAUACUCCUUGCAGGCAGCUCUCUUGUGUGUCUCAGCAGAGGAACCUGGGCACAAAAGGAUGAGGGAAACUCGCCCACUAUUGAAGACACUCUAGUGGAACCUGAUAGCCCAAGUAUUUCUGAGUCAAAUGGUUUUUCAGGUGAUAGUGACAGAGCUUGCCUCAUAUGUGACUGUGCCCCACCUCAGCCCAUGCCUGAUAUGAUCAUAAGCACCAAUAUGAACAACCAGCCCUCACUCAGAGGUCAGUGUGAGAAUAACUGUGAGCAGACGGAGUGUCUGCUCAUUCAGCAGGAGGAAGAGCGGUUGCAGCUUGUCGACAGACAGGUGGCCCGACAUCUUAUCUUGUGUCUACUCCUCACUGUCUGCUUGUUUGCUAACUUGUCCAGCUGCCUGUGGUUGCUGUUGAAUUCUGUUCCAGGUAGACUGUAUUUAGAGCUGCAGUUUUUCUGUGCAGUGGCUAACUAUGGGCAGGGACUUCUCUCAUUUGCACUGUUUGGGCUGGACAAACAUUUUAUCAUUCUGCCAUUUAAAAGAAGGUUAUACUCCCUGUGGAGUAGAAGACAGACGGAGCAACCCCGGACAGAUCUCCCAGAGGAUAUCAGGAUGACCUGCACUCAGUUCACCAAAUACCACAAAGACCAGUGUAGUGAGGAUAUUGUCAGACAGAGAAGGUGUGGCAAGAGGACUAUGGUGGCCUGUUUUCUGGGUUCUGAGCUAGUAGACUGGCUGUUGCAGGUGGGGCUAGCCCUGGACCGUGGGGAGGCUGUUCUCUAUGGGACAAGGCUGCAACAAGGCGGUUUGCUACAGCAUGUUAACCAUCUGCAUGGUUUCCAGGACAGUCCUCUAUAUUACCGAUUCACAGAAUAAAAAAAUAUUUCAAAAAUGAGAUGUCAGCUCAUGAUCAAAUAAUGCCACUUAUUUACAUUAAGGGAAUGUUGCUUCUACUUCUAUAUAAAAAUCGAAUUCCUUAAUAACCCUCUGUGACAACUAUAAGUUAGGUGUAUGACUAAAGCACAUAAUUCACACAAUUUGCUAACGUCAAAGUAAUUUCAUGCGAUACGACAAAAUCACCCCAGUGCUAUUUCAAAGGUUUCUUUUGAUUAUCUGCUGUUUUUUCACCAUUAGGUAUGGCCUCAAGUAGUGCCUCAGUGUAGAAAUACUUUGCCUAAAUACCUCAAUACUUAUCAAAACCAAAGAAGGGAUUAUGUCAUUUGUACAUGGCAUUCAUGAGGUACUAUGGUGACAUUUCAU